GGCCUAAUUGCCUUAAAAAUAAUCGCCAACUCUAUCCCAUUCUCUCACCCCUCAAAUUAUUCAUCACCAACACACAGUAUACACUAUAUAGAAAUAGCAAAAGCGAGAGAAUAUGCAAGUCAAUGAAAGAAUGAAGAAUCGUUCUCAGCUACGAUGGUUCGUGGGGGUGAUGGUUAUUGUGGGCAUCAUCGGAGCAUCACUUUUCAUAGCGAGUGUGGUUCAAACCCCUGAUAACUCUUCCUUCUUAUGCUCUCUCACAAGCCCCAAAACCAUGAUAAAAAAUGGUUACAGUCCCACAUCGAUGCAGCUUCGUGCAAUACUCCACUAUGCAACCUCGCACAUUGUUCCUCAACAAUCAUUCUCCGAGAUUAGCAUCACCUUCAACGUCCUCAAAUCCCUUAACCGACCCUUCAACUUCCUCGUAUUCGGUCUCGGACACGAUUCUCUUAUGUGGGCCAGCUUUAAUCCACGUGGCACCACGCUAUUCCUCGAGGAGGACCCCAAGUGGGUCCAGACCGUCCUCAAGGACGCGCCGGAGCUCCGAGCAACCACCGUGCGCUACCGCACCCAGCUCCGCGAAGCCGAUGAGCUCCUCUCCUCGUACCGCUCCGAGCCGGCGUGUUCGCCGUCGAGCGCUGCCCUGCGCGGCAACGAGCGGUGUAAGUUAGCGCUCCACAACCUCCCCGACGAGGUGUAUGAGACAGAGUGGGACCUGAUUAUGAUCGAUGCGCCUAGAGGGUAUUUUCCGGAGGCUCCCGGUCGCAUGGCGGCGAUAUUUUCCAUGGCGGUGAUGGCGAGGAACAGAAAGGGUUCCGGCGUGACGCACGUGUUCUUGCACGAUGUGGAUCGGAAGGUGGAGAAGGUUUAUGCGGAGGAGUUCCUUUGUAGGAAGAACAUGGUGAAGGGCGUUGGUAGGCUUUGGCACUUCGAGAUUCCUCCGUCAAAUGUUAACGACACUCGUUACGAUGGUCGUUUCUGUUAGGGGGUGUUUUAGGGUUUCAGAUUUUUCAACUUCACUCGCAGGCACUGCGUUAUGUUUUUCUCCUUUAUGUCUUGUUUACCGAAAGAGACACUUUACAGUUUUACUAUUUUUGUUUUUUAUUUUAUUUUAAAUUUUACUUUUGCCUUUUUUUUCGUGUAUGAAUAGAAAGAGAGGGGCAAAUGAAUUGUCGGUGCAUUGAGGUUACAGUUGGACGGUAAUGAUGAAAUCCCAUUGCACUAUUCUUUGCCGACACGAACCGGUUGCGUGUUAUCUUAUCUUUUUCGUCAUUUAUUUUUAGGAAAAAUAUUUCUUUUAUA